GGGCCGGCUGCCAUUUCGUCCCCUGAGGAAGGAGGUGCAGUGCGGUGCGGUGCGGAUGGCGCAGGCGGAGGCGGACGUACCCGCAGCCUCGCUCUUCGGUGCGGACCGCCGCCUCUGCUCAGCCGACGUGCUCUCGCCGCCCGAGGUUCGGGCAAGGAUCGAGGUGGCGGUGCUCAAUUUCCUCGCCGCGCUCUCGUCUCCCUCUUCUCCGGCCAUCUCUGUCCUCCCCCUGAUCUCACGCAAGUCCACCAAUUGCAGCCUGCGCAGCGGCUUGCUGAGCGAUGUUUCAUCGGUUUAUCUGUCCUACGCCUUCUGCAAGAGGUCACUAAUGAGAGAAAAUGAUGCCAAGGCAUUCGUCAGAGUAUGGAAAGUCAUGGAGAUGUGCUACAAGAUCUUGGGAGACGGGAAGCUUGUCACCCAGCGGGAGUUGUUCUACAAACUACUAUCGGACUCACCCAAGUACUUCAGCUGUCAGCGCCAUGUCAAUCAAACCAUCCAAGAUGUUGUUUCAUUGCUCCGUUGCACAAGGCAGAGUUUAGGAAUCAUGGCAUCAAGUAGAGGGGCUCUGAUUGGACGACUUAUGUUGCAUGAAGCGGAGGAAGAACACAUUGAUUGUUCCAUUCUUGGACCUUCUGGGCAUGCCAUUACUGGGGAUCUGAACCAAUUGAGCAGAUUAAAUUUGUCUUCAGAUGCCCGUUAUCUCAUUCUAGUGGAGAAGGAUGCCAUAUUUCAGAGGCUGGCUGAAGACCGCUUAUAUAACCAGCUUCCAUGUAUCCUCAUCACUGCAAAAGGAUAUCCUGAUAUCGCCACAAGGUUUAUCUUGCAUCGACUGAGCCAGACUUUUCCAAAUAUGCCAAUAUUUGCAUUAGUGGACUGGAACCCUGCAGGGCUCUCUAUACUGUGUACUUACAAAUAUGGAAGCAUAUCAAUGGGCUUGGAAUCAUACAGAUACGCUUGCAAUGUAAAAUGGCUUGGACUAAGAGGAGAUGAUCUGCAACUUAUCUCUCAGAGUGCAUUCCAAGAGUUGAAACCUCGUGAUUUGCAGAUCGCCAAAAGCUUGCUGUCAUCUAAGUUUCUGCAGGACAUGCACAGGGCGGAGUUGACUCGGAUGGUCGAGACGGGAACGCGCGCUGAGAUCGAAGCUCUCUACUGCCAUGGAUUUGAUUUCCUGGGGAAGUUCAUCGCCAGGAAGAUUGUGCAGGGUGACUACAUUUGACAGAGUGCAGCGUUGUUUGCUUGUCUCGUUUUUUGUUCUCUGGCUGCAUGGCUCAUGAUGACGAGGCUACUCGUACGGUAGUGUAAGUGUCUCUGUUAAUUGGAGAGCGAGAUCGUGCACGGCUCGUGAUGGCUGGUGAGGUCUGAACUUUGACAUGCAUAGAGCAAAGCGGAUAGUGUAAGUUGUUCCUCCGAGAGUGGAACGAUAGCAAUUAGCAAGUGAGCAGGCUGUCAGGGUAAUUCAGUUUCUGGUGUAUGCGUAUGCCUUCUGCGCUCCCUGGCAA